AUGGGCUUCUCCUCCCGCCUCGUCCAACAACUUCGUGUUCGUAGAAGGCGUAUCCCCGGUGUAGGGGCAAAAUACUCGACCGCCCCAAAUAAAUCCUACUCGAAUACCCUCCUACUCCCCAAGACCAGUUUCCCUCUAUGGGCGGAACCCUCGAAACGCGAAGAGCCAUAUCGCCGGAGGGCAUGUGAGGAACUGUAUCGUUGGCAGUGGGAGAACGCAAAGGGUGAACUGUUUGUCCUACAUGACGGCCCUCCGUAUGCAAACGGGGCCUUGCACAUGGGCCAUGCAUUGAACAAGAUCUUGAAGGAUAUCACCAACAGGUUUCAUGUGUCCCAAGGGAGGCGUGUCCAUUAUAUCCCUGGUUGGGAUUGCCAUGGCCUUCCAAUCGAGAAUAAAGCCUUGCAAGAACUUGGAAAAGAAUCGAGCACGGCGUCGGCAAAUGAAAUACGUAGUGCAGCGAGGUCUACAGCGCAGCGCGAAGUCCAAUCACAGAAGCAACAGUUUCAGGAACUGGGAAUCAUGGCAGACUGGAGCGAGACCUCAACGUACCGGACUUUAGAUCACGACUACGAGAUGCGCCAGCUUCGAAUCUUCCAAAAAAUGGUAGCAAAUGGACUAAUAUAUAGGCAUUAUCGACCUGUUCACUACUCUCCGUCCUCGCGAUCUGCUUUGGCUGAAGCGGAGCUGGUGUACAAGGACGACCAUGUGUCUCAUUCUGUUUUCGUCGCGUUUGAAGUCGACUCUAAGUCAGAGUCGGCAAAUCCUGGUAUGCGCGACGUGUUCACAUCUACGCUGAACCCCCGGUUGUUGGUAUGGACCACAACUCCUUGGACACUGACGGCAAACAUGGCUAUUGCAGUCAAUCCCGAGCUGAGUUACGUCGUUGUGAAGAGUUUGGCCGGGGGUUCAAAUAGCGGGGCGUUUGUGGUCGUCAGAGACCGAUUGGAUGCAUUGCGCGACAUGCUAGGAUUAGUAGAAGUUGUUCUUGAAAUUCCUGGAUCCGAGCUCGUAGGCGUUGCCUACCGACCCAUCUUUUCGCCCCUCUCAGGACGGGACGAUCACCUCGAAAUCAUAGCCGCUUCACAUGUCACCGCUGAUUCUGGUACGGGUCUGGUGCAUUGCGCUCCUGCUCACGGCAACGAAGACUACUAUGCUCUGCAAAAGCUCGGGAUGAUCUCCGACAUGGAAUCCAUCAUCUGUCAUGUUGGCGAUGCUGGCUGUUUCACUGAGAAAGUUUCGGAGGUGGUUGGUCAAGACGCAGGGCAAACCCUUGUUGGGCAAGACGUUCUUUCCGGAGGCUCGAAAUCCGUUGUAGAGUUGUUGAAGAAAACUGGUUCGUUGAUUAAGAUUCAACGCAUCAAGCAUCGUUAUCCAUAUGAUUGGAAGACUGACAAGCCAAUCAUUGUCACUGCGACGUCACAGUGGUUCGCCAACUUGGAACAGAUCAAAGACAAGGCCCUCAGUGCAUUAGAAGACGUGUCUUUCUAUCCCUCAGUUUCUCGAAAUCGUCUCGUUUCUUUUGUUGGCUCGAGGUCAGAAUGGUGUAUAUCACGCCAACGAGUUUGGGGGGUGCCGAUCCUCGCGCUACAUCAUAUCCCGACUGACCGAGCGGUUCUCACUUCACGCACUUUGGAUCACAUUCUCCCUCUCCUCGACGCGAAAGGCAUAGCACAUUGGUGGGAUGGGCCUAUAGAAGACUUCGUCCCAGAAUUUCUUCGCGAAGAAGGCGAAGUAGUUUCAGAGGUAUGGAGGAAGAGCACCGACACCAUGGAUGUCUGGUUCGAUAGCGGUUCAUCGUGGUCGAUGCUCGAAGACACGGUUAAACAGUACGGGCCACAGAGAAAGCAUCUAGCGGAUGUCUGUUUGGAGGGUAGUGAUCAGCACAGAGGGUGGUUCCAGAGCCAGCUGUUGACUGCCGUUGCGUCUGAGAGCAGCGAGGAGAACGCGAAAACUCCACAGUCGCCUUACAAGGACCUCAUAACUCACGGAAUGGUUUUGGACCAAAACGGAAAGAAAAUGAGUAAAUCCCUGGGUAAUAUCAUCAGUCCGAUGACUGUCAUCCAUGGUGGCAAGGACAAGAAAAAAGAGCCAGCAUAUGGAACGGACGUAUUACGGCUAUGGGCGGCGACGGCGGAGUAUUGGAAGGAUAUCGCCAUCGGACCCACAGUUCUAGCGCAAACAUUUGAAUCUCUGCGAAAAAUACGGAAUACGGCUAGAUUCAUCUUGGGCAACACGGCUAACGGUGGCGAACUCAAGCGAGUUGCUGUUUCGAAAGAAGACAUGAGCUUGGCUGAUCGCUACAUCAUGCAUGAACUAUACUCCCUGGAGCGAACGGCGUUGGAAAGCUACACGUCGUACAAUUUUCCGAAAGUUGUCAAUGCGCUGACACACUUCACUAACAUCACCUUGUCUUCUCUUUAUUUCGAUAUCACAAAGGAUUGUUUGUAUGUCAAUACUCCAAGCAGUUCAGAGCGAAGAGCCGUCGUCACAGUAUUGGAGCAGGUCCUUUCGACCACGAUCCAUAUCUACGCCCCAAUCUUGCCACAUCUAGCGGAAGAAGUGUACGAGCAUGCGAAGAAUGACACGUCUCUGUCUUCGGUGUUCCAAAGGAAAUGGACUCCCCUGGGUGAUGAAUGGAAGGAUACACAAGCUGCAGAAGAAAUGCGAUCGCUGAUGCACGUUCGUAGCAAUGUGCUGUCACUGCUAGAGCUGGCGCGCACGAAAAAGCAAAUCAAGAGUUCUUUGGAAGCAGAAGUCGACAUUAUACUCCCUGAUGAUCUAGGCUUCCCCGUCGAAUUCUCGCGAUUAUUACGGAGACAGGAAUCUUUCCUUAAGACACUCUUCAUAGUAUCUGGCGUGCGCGUAACUGACACAAAGACUCUUGGCGAUAUCUCGCCUCAAUGGUUACACAUGGACAGCUUCCAAGGACCUAGUCAAUUAGAUUCCGAUGCAAGACUGAUGAUUCGGGUGCGGCCAGCGACGUUGGAGAAGUGUCCCAGAUGCUGGACAUAUACGCGUCAAUCUUCUAAUGAUUUGUGCAAGCGAUGCACCACGGCGGUUCAAUAA